CCUUUAAAUGGAGGACAGUUACACGGUGCACAGACGCCGUAAGGCGGCUGCGAGGAGACGCGAGAAAACACCUGAUCCGUCGUCGAGGAACCAGCUGGUGGAGACCUCGGACGACGACGGGGAGGCGAGACGCGCCAGAAUGGAGAAAAUGGCGGACGACGCCGAGCAGGAGGAGAAGGAACUGAAGAUAAAACGGGACGAGCUGCUGGAAGAGGGGAAAAGGAAAGAGGAUGAGGAAUUGAAGAGGAAGAGGGAGGAGAAGAGGAUAUCUACGAAUAUGGAGAAGGAGAAAAGUCCUGGGAGAUUACAAGCACGUGAGAAUGACGCUGUUGAAACUGCGACUUCGUCGGUAAGGAAGAACGAAGCUUUAGUUACCGACGAAACAUCGAAGGAUACGCAACGGGAGACUCUUCCGAGGUCCAAGGAGAUUGACACGGAGCAACCGGCGGUGCCGAGGAGGGUGGAACGAAGGCUGAAGAAGAAGUCGAGGGAGAGGGUGGAGAGACACGGUCAGUCGAGCGACUCCAGUGAUCUGGACGAGAAGCUGGAGAAACACUCGAGGAGGACCAAGUCACCAGAAGGAAGUAAAGUCAGAGUGAAGAAGCCCAGUGCGAAAAGAAGCUCUGGUGAACCCGAGGCGAAGAAGGACGCCAUUGAAAGACCACCCAGGGAGAAGAGGUCCAGUAAACAAAUGCUCGAGGAAGCAGAGGGACAGCCCAGGCCGGAGAGGAGGCGUUCCAUCAGGCACAGCCAAACGGACGACACCGAUGAGGAUCCAAAGAUGAGGAAAAGUGAGACCUUUCCCAGACAGACGAAAGAGGAGGUGGUUAUGAAGAGAUCCUCGACGGACGUGAAGAAGCAGAUAAUACCAUUGAGCAACGAUUCUUUGAUAGAGGACUUCGCGAAGGCUCAGAGGCAAUACCUGAAAAGGGAGCAGAGUAUUCUUGAUCCUGACAACGCCGACGUGUUCGAGGAUGCUCAGGAGGAGACGAUGCUUAGACGACGGAAGUUCAGUGUGCCUUUGGCUGAAGGUGAACAAGAGGGAAUUGAAGAGUCGAUAGAGAAGAUGAAUAUGCUAGAGGAGAAGAAAUCUUGGUUCUCGUGGUUACCAUUCUUCCGUAAGAAGGGGAAAGAGAAGGACGAGAAAAGUGAAGUAAUUGAACCGACGAAAUCAAAGAAGGUCGAACCGGAAGUGGCUGCACAGAUGGCAGAGAAAGUGACCUUCAUGGACUUCCUCAGGGCUCUGGGAGACGUGGUCUCCGAGUUCAAGGCGUUUGUGGAUCAGAACCCAAAGGAGGUUCGUAUAAUGAGGGGGCUGCGAAACAGUUGCCUGUCCCAAUUGCUUCUCGUGAUCAUUUACUGCGGUCUCGGCGCGUUCGUCUUCCGGUUCACCGAGGGUGCCUUCGAGACGUUCUACAAGUGCGGCGUGAAGAGGGUGAAGAGAGACUUCUUGGACAGUUUGUGGAACUACAGUCACAAUAUGAAGGAGGACGACUGGAAGAGCAUGGCCAGGAAGAAGCUGAUGGAGUUCGAGGAACAAUUGCACACCGCCCACGAGGCUGGCCUGCACUCCUAUAGCGGGCAGAGAAGCUGGACCUUCCUGAACGCUGUCGUGUAUUGUUUGACAGUAAUCACGACGAUCGGAUACGGACACAUAUCGCCCAGCACAAACACCGGAAGAGCCAUCACAAUCGUGUACGCGAUUUUCGGGAUCCCGAUGUUCUUGAUUAUAUUGGCCGACUUCGGUAAAUUGUUCACGCGGAUCAUAAAGUUCCUCUGGGCGUUCGUUAGAAGGCUUUACUACACAGGAAGCUGCCGGAAAGUCAGGCACACCGUGCCUGUACAGGAAGUAAUGAAAGGCGUGCAGCUCGUGUACGAUUUCGCGACAUUCAAGAGACCGUCGCAAAUAAACCCCGAAGACAUCGAAGAGAUGCAAAAACAAGCCCAGCAAUCGCAAACGGUCUUGAAUCUAGACGGGAACGCGCCAGAUACGCCUGGUACACCGGCGAUGUCAACGUUCGCCAUCGACGACGAGUUCAAUCUACCGAUUUCGGUGGCCAUCUUCAUCCUGUUGGGCUACAUCUUCAUCGGUGCCACCCUGUUUUGCGUGUCGGAGGGCUGGGGCUUCUUCGAGAGCUUCUACUUCGUCUUCAUCUCGAUGAGCACUAUCGGCUUCGGCGAUUACGUGCCAAAGAUGCAUCCCAUAUACAUGAUGUGUUCGAUAAUAUACCUGGUGUUCGGGCUGGCUCUGACGUCCAUGUGCAUCAACGUGGUACAGGUGAUGCUGUCAGACUCGUUCAGGCAAGCGAGCCAGAAGAUCGGCGCGACGAUCGGAUUCGCGAUCGCCGAAGAGGAUGGAUCCGUGAUUCCAGCCAUACCACCGGCCGUAGAAGUCGCUGACGUUCACAGCCCCGUGAAAGAGUCCGAAAGCGCGGAGAAAAUCGCGCCCAAGGCCAAGCAAGAAGAUCUGGACGUGUAACCAAUUUAAUGCACAAAGUUCCACCGUCGUGCAAACAACAACGGAGAACGAAUGAUAACGUUUAGGCCUUAAAACGCAAUCGUCCCCUCUCGCUUGAUGGGCUAGACGUGCCCCAGUAAUGGAAUCCAGAUCAAAAGUAAAAAACCGGACCGUUGUAUUCGUAAUACUGAAACCGACGCUUCUGAAU